GAGCUCUCCACACUGACCGGCACUCAAGUCCUGCUGCUGGUGGCCAGCGAGACGGGCCAUGUGUACACGUUUGCCACGCGGAAGCUGCAGCCCAUGAUCACCAGUGAGACAGGGAAGGCGUUGAUCCAAACGUGCCUCAACUCCCCAGACUCGCCCCCACGCUCGGACCCCACCACUGACCAGCGCAUGAGCGCCACAGGCUUUGAGGAGACGGACCUCACCUACCAGGUGUCCGAGUCGGACAGCAGUGGGGAGACCAAGGACGCACUGAAACCAGCGUUCACUGUCACCAACCUGCCGGGGACAACAGCCCCCACCACCUCGACCUCCAUGCAGGUCAGCAGUGGCCCGUCAUUCCCCAUCACUAAUUACCUGGCGCCAGUGUCUGCCAGCAUCAGCCCCAAUGCCGUCACCAGUGCCAACGGGACAGUGCUGAAGACUACUGGAGCCAGUGCAGUGACAUCCGGGGGCCUCAUGCCGAUACCCACCGGUUUCACCCUCAUGUCAGGUGGUACCAUGGCUCAGCAGGUCCCAGUCCAGGCCAUCCAGGUGCACCAGGCACCGCAGCAGACGUCUCCCUCUAGUGACAGCAGCACUGACCUUACCCAGACCUCUUCCAGUGGAACAGUGACCCUCCCGGCAACCAUCAUGACGUCGUCUGUGCCAACCACCGUGGGUGGCCACAUGAUGUACCCCAGUCCACACGCGGUGAUGUACGCACCCACAUCUGGCCUUGCGGACGGUGGACUUGCAGUCCUCAACGCUUUUUCACAGGCGCCUUCAGCGAUGCAGGUGUCCCAUGGCCAGGUCCAGGAUCAGGGUGGUGUCCCCCAAGUGUUCCUGACAGCCCCAUCAGGCACCGUUCAGAUCCCAGUCUCAGCUGUCCAGCUUCACCAGAUGGCUGUCAUCGGGCAGCAGAGCAGCAGUGGCAGCAGCCUGACGGAGCUGCAGGUGGUCAACUUGGACACCUCGCACAGCGCAAAGAGUGACUGAGAGGCCUCUGCUGCUGGCCUGGUGCUGUCCCUGGCUUCUUGUGCCAGUGCCGGGACUGGCAGCAAUUCCUUCUCGUACAGACUGCACCAGUUAUUUAUUGUUGCCUUUUCACGUUUCCUUCAUCCACACAUGCACACACACACACACACGCACCCACCCACACACAUGCACGCAGGCAUGCACGUCGGGCUGCAGGACCCACCUGGGAUUGAAGCUGUGCUGGGGCC